CGUUUUUCUUCUUGAACGCGGGUUGAAUAUCGCCCGGCGAUCAUCGGCAAUCCAGCAAGCAAUCCGGCAAGCAAGCAAGUUAACGACCAACACGAGCGGCCUGCUUGAGUACACCACACGGCAGCAUCGUUCUCACAUCCACUGCGGCACCCAUGGCACCCACGGACAAAGAUAUGGAUCUGAUCCGGUCGCGAGUCAUCAUCGAGAAAUCUCGGGUCGACCACGUCUCGUCGAUGGAGUUUCCCCACAACUUCCCUGGCGAAGAUCUGUCAUGGGACCUGGAAAAGUUCAAGAAGAGCUUCAAGGUCGUUGUCACCAACAUGGCCAAGGACGAUAUGGAGUUUGAUCUGAUCGGAGUCGAUGCGGCUAUCGCGAAUGCCUUCCGAAGAAUCAUGAUCGGCGAGGUUCCGACCAUGGCAAUCGAGAAGGUCUAUAUUUUCAAGAACGACACAAUCAUGCACGACGAAAUCCUGGCCCACCGACUGGGUCUCAUUCCUAUCCUGGCCGAUCCUCGAUUCUUUGACUUCAAAAUGGGCGACGCGGAUCCGCCCACGGAUAUGAACACCAUCGUGUUUGAUUUCAACAUUGCCUGUCAGGUCAAUCCGAAAUCGCCGCCUAACGCCGUUAAUCCCGAGGACAAGUACAUCGACUCGAGUGCACUCAGUCGGCAUUUGAUCUGGGCACCACAAGGAGAGCAGGAUGUCCGAUUUGCCGAAACUCCCAUCGCGCCCGUGCACACCGACAUUCUUUUGACCAAGCUACGACCGGGACAGGAGAUCAGCCUCCAAGCGCAUUGCCAGAAGGGCAUUGGCAAGGAGCACGCCAAGUGGUCUCCAGUGGCGACUGCGUCGUAUCGGUUGCUUCCUGAGAUCACCAUCUUGAGCCCUAUUUUGAAUGAUGAUGCCGACAAGUUCCGGGACUGCUUCCCUUCUGGUGUCAUCGGGAUCAAGAAGAACGCCGACGGCGUGCGCGAGGCAUUUGUCAAGAAUCCACGCAAGGACACCGUCAGCCGCGAGGUGCUGCGACAUAAGGAGUUUGAAAACAAAGUCCGGCUUGCCCGUGUGCGAGACCACUUCAUCUUCAGCGUCGAGUCCACGGGCGUGCUGAAGCCAAACGUCAUCUUCAUAGAAGCCGUGCAGAUCCUGAUAGACAAGUGCAAGAAGGUCAAGGAGAGCGUUGCUGCACUACAGUCCCACCAGAUGUCUGCCUGAGGGCAAUGCUCUGUGUCCGAGCAAGUCCGUCGACCGGCCACUAUGCUGGCUCGAUGGCUUUAUGGAACGAGCAAGGCCUUGGAGAUGGUGUCGAUUUGGAACUUGCGUCGCUAUCGCAAAAUAUAGGCCCGUAUUACAGCCAGUCCAAUAAAAAACGGGACACCAUGGUUUUUUGACCAUCGAUCGCUUUUUUUGUCACCCAAUACCAUGGCGCGCUGGCCAUGACCAUUCGCCGCACACUCGACUUUCGCAUAGCUGCCUUGCGAUGCUACGCCCU